AUGUCUUCUCCACCCUCCGGCGGCUUUCGGGGUCGACCUUAUUGGGGUCGGGGUAGAGGAGCAACUCGCGGAUCGUCCUAUUCGUCCUCUUAUCGCGGCGCUAGCACAGACUACAUUAGCCUACCUUCAGACAAGAAUAUCAAGGAGGGCUUGACAGCUACAUCUCUCGAGACCUUGAACAUACCUUACUUGACGGGCACGAAGACCGUUCGUGCGGAUGUCCAGAACGUUGAGUAUAUCGGGUCGUACAACUGGAUUGAAGCGAGAGAGCCCACCAUAAUUGUCCCAGGAUCUCCACCGGAAUGGACCGACCCUCGCCCGCCUAUCGUCCUCUCGCCCGACUCUGGCACCUCUUUCUCCGACCAAAACGGUUUCCGCAUCCCUUCCUCUACCCUCUUACCACUCUUCGCAGCCGUAGAUUCUGUUGCGGCUACUACUAUAGACUGGCCGUCCAUCGACUUUGUCACGGAUCGGAACGGUCUUCGCAAACUGUUGCGAUGGAUCGACGGUAGCGCCACUAAGGACUUCAGGAUGGAUUUGGAAAUGGCCGGAACGAAGACGGUGCUGGUGAAUAGGUGGGACAAGAGGCAGAGGGAGGCUGCGAACGGGAAGUCUUUUGGGUAUGAAUUUGAGAAGGCGACGACGAGGGCGGCGAAGGGCUGUGAAAUGAGUACGGGGCAUCAUAGGAUUAUCAAAUAUGACUUCUGCGGAAUGAAAAUGGUGGUCAGGUUUGAGGUGGACGCUUGCCUGCCCACCCCACGUGCAACAACCACGGCGAAGCAAGCUGUGACAGCGCCCUCCAGAUCAUCCUCCGCACAGAGCCCAGACGAUCUAGCUGACGCCCUUGCGGGACUCAACAUCAUAUCCUCGCUGCCGGACGUUGAUGACACAAGCAGCAGCCCCGACGCCAAACCUCGAUCUUCGUCAAUCAAGAUUAUUCAUGGCGGUACUGAAGUCCCACAAGAGUCCAUCAUGGAGCUUGCCACACGGUCUCAGUACUUCAUCCACGAGAUAAAUUGGGGCGAAAUCUUCCCUCAACUCUUCCUCUCCAAUACGCCCCACUUUUACCUCGGGGUGCAUAACCGCGGCCGCUUUGACGAGAUCCGGAAGAUGGAGCUAUCAGGCGACGAGCUAGGAAGCCAAAGGGAGGAGGCAGAGGUCAAUUUCAGGAAGCUCGGGAAGGCUUUGAGUACUAUCCAGGAGAUUGUGCAGAAGUACGGUAAGGAGAGGCGGGUGAGCUUAGUGUGCGAGAGUGGGACGUUGAAGGUUUAUGAGAGGGUUGGUAGAAAGAGUUGCCUGCCUUCUGGGCCAGAGGGUGUAGGUAGGUUUGAAUAG